AUGACUGUUCCCCUGAUGAAGAUGGGGCUGGUGCUCAGUACCAUGGCCAUGCUGACCAACUGGAUGUCUCAGACGCUCCCCAAACUCGUAGGACUCGAUCAGACGGCGGCUCGUCCAGGAACCUCAGAGAAGUUCAUCAGCGUGGUGUAUCCGGGGCAGGACGAAGGCUGGCAGGUCUUUGGUUCUGUAUCAGAUUUAGGAGGGAAGUGUGUGUGUUCACUCCUCGCCCCCCCACCGAACCACUGCCGGAAAGACCCAGGACACACUCGCCUUCGCCAAAUCACUGAGCACGUCCAGAAUGUGUCUCAGUAUUUGGAGAUGUUGAAUUGGCGAACAUCUCAAGAUCUGCAAAUUAUCAGAGACAUGGAGAAGAUGAUCAUCAGUGUGGAAAUGAGAGUGAAGAUCGCACUCAGUAACCCUCACACGGUCACUGAUAAAGUUCUACAGGACCUGGAACAGCUUGUGCUGGACUGUGUUCUCCUGCGUGCUGUGUUGGCCCGGUUCAGGUCAGAGGUGUUGAAGAUGGAGGUGUUGAAGCGGGAGAUGGAUCGCUUGAGCUCAAGCCUCACCCAGGAGCAGACAUACACCUACAGCAGCAUCCAACAGCUGGAGCAGAGGGCAAUCCUGCUGCAGAACCGACUGCACGCUUGCGCUAGCUCACUUGGUUGCGGUAAGCUGAUGGGAAUCAGUAACCCGGUCACCAUCAGGUCCUUUGGGUCCAGAUUUGGGUCUUGGAUGAUGGACAGUAUGAUUUCCAGCUCUGAUGAACGAGUUUGGUCGAUGGAUGGAUACUUUAAAGGAAAGCGUGUGUUUGAGUACAGGUCGCUAAGGGACUUCACUACAGGACACAACUUUGUCAUGCAUCAACUUCCUCAUCCAUGGGCAGGUACAGGUCAUGUGGUGUAUAACGGCUCUCUCUACUACAACAAACACCAGACGAACGUUAUUGUGCGUUAUCACCUGUUCUCUCGCAGUGUGCUCAUACAGCGUACACUCUCUCAGGCUGCUUACAACAACACCUUCCCGUACUCUUGGGGCGGAUCCUCUGACAUUGACCUCAUGGCAGAUGAGAGCGGUCUCUGGGCGGUCUACACCAACCUGAUGCAUGGGGGGAACAUGGUGCUGAGCCGCCUGGACCCUGUUACACUGGACUUGGUCCAGUCCUGGGAUACUGGUUUCCCCAAGCGUAGUGCCGGAGAGGCUUUCAUCGUCUGUGGCUCACUCUACGUCACCGACUCGCAUCUGCACGGAGCCAAGAUCCACUUCAUCUACCACACGGACACCCAAAUGUAUGAGUACACACACAUCCCAUUCCACAACCAAUACUCACACAUUUCCAUGAUGGACUACAAUCCCCGAGAGAAGGCGCUGUACGCGUGGAACAACGGACACCAGGUCAUCUACAACGUCACUCUCCGGCAAGAGGUCAAGACCUUCACAGAGGUGUAG